AUGCUUCCCUCUCAAAUGAACAGUUCGCCAAAGCGGGCGAAUCCGUUCGUGCGGUCCUCUCCUUCACCCGCACCUCUUUCACAGACACGACCGAAAUCAGCUAUCAUCACAUCUUCGACUGGAAUAGAACAUGGGAAAGGACACCUUCGAAAUUCCUCAGUGUCGCAGCUGUCGCCGCCACUAUCCUCCAUCGCCGGAACUCGUGAACGAUCAAACUCACGCAAUAAUGGAAGUUCUGGGACAUUUGCGCCUAGCUUCAUUAAGUCAGAAGAAAUGCGCCGGGGCGCAGAUCAAAUCCGAGGGAUGGAGGGCGAAAACGACUUUUCUGGAAACAAGUAUGUGUGGCUACGAGAUUCUCAGAAGGCGUUUGUGCGCGGACUUGUAUUAGAAGAACUUGAAAACAAUCGCUUGCUGGUGCAAAGCGACGAUGGCGAGCAACGGGAGGUCGACGCAGACCAGGUGGACAAAGUCAAUCCGGCUAAAUUUGAUAAGGCGGAUGAUAUGGCUGAAUUGACACAUCUGAAUGAGGGAUCAGUGGUCCACAACUUACACACCAGAUACCAGUCCGACUUGAUCUACACAUAUUCAGGACUCUUCUUAGUUACAGUCAAUCCCUAUUGCCCAUUGCCUAUCUACACGAAUGAAUACAUCAAGAUGUACAAAGGAAGAGGGAGGGAAGAAACUCGCCCCCAUAUUUUUGCGAUGGCCGAUGAAGCAUUUCGCAACCUGGUCGAAGAAGGCGAGAACCAGAGCAUUCUCGUGACUGGUGAAUCUGGAGCUGGUAAAACGGAGAACACCAAGAAGGUCAUCCAAUAUUUGGCAGCUGUGGCCACUUCAGACACUCCAUAUGUGCGCUCCGGCACGAAGCAAACCUCUAAUCUGUCACAACAAAUUCUCCGAGCAAAUCCAAUCUUGGAGGCUUUCGGUAAUGCCCAGACCGUUCGAAAUAACAACUCUUCACGUUUCGGAAAGUUCAUUCGCAUUGAAUUCUCACGAUCUGGUCAAAUAUCGGGUGCAUGGAUUGACUGGUACCUCCUGGAGAAGUCGCGUGUGGUGAAGCCGAAUUCAAAUGAGCGCAAUUACCAUAUUUUUUACCAACUUCUACAAGGAGCAGAUCGCCAGACCCGGGAGCAGCUUCUAUUGAGAGAUCUGCAGAUCGAGGAUUUUGCCUACACGAAAGAUGGAAAUGACUCCAUCGUGGGUGUUUCCGAUAAAGAUGAGUGGAACUCUCUGAUCGAGGCAUUCCAUGUGAUGAACUUUUCCGCAGAAGACCAAAUGUGCAUCUUGCGUACAAUCGCAGCUGUGCUCCACUUGGGCAACGUGACUAUUGCCAAGGAGAGCCUCCGUGCUGACCAGGCCGCCCUAGGUCCCAACGGCUAUGCCAGCGUUCAAAUAGCGUGUAGUCUUCUGGGCAUUCCUGUGGAGCCUUUUAUCAAGGGUCUUCUACAUCCUCGCGUCAAAGCCGGCCGGGAAUGGGUCGAAAAAGUUCAAACUCCAGAGCAAGUCCGCUUGGCUUUGGAUGCCCUGUCAAAAGGUAUCUACGAACGUGGCUUUGGAGAUUUGGUUGCUCGCAUCAACAACCAAUUAGGCCGCUCAAUGGCCGAUGACAACUACUUCAUUGGUGUCCUUGAUAUCGCUGGAUUUGAAAUCUUUGACCACAACAGUUUCGAGCAGCUUUGCAUCAACUACACAAAUGAGAAACUCCAGCAAUUCUUCAACCACCACAUGUUUGUCCUUGAACAGGAGGAAUAUGCAAGAGAGCAAAUUGAGUGGCAAUUCAUCGACUUCGGCAAGGAUUUGCAGCCCACAAUUGAUCUUAUCGAAUUGACGAAUCCGAUCGGUAUUUUCUCAUGUCUGGAUGAAGACUGCGUGAUGCCCAAAGCUACAGACAAAUCCUUCACCGAGAAGCUGCACUCUCUAUGGGACCGCAAGACUCCCAAAUAUCGUUCCUCUCGUCUCAGUCAAGGCUUCGUCUUGACCCAUUAUGCGGCUGAGGUAGAGUACAGCACACAUGAUUGGCUUGAGAAGAAUAAAGACCCGAUGAACGAUAAUAUCACACGUCUUCUUGCCACCUCUGAGCAGCCUCAUGUGGCGAAUCUGUUUGCGGAUUGUGCAGAACCUGAAGAGGGAAGCGAGAAUCCGCGAAGCAGAGUGAAGAAAGGCUUGUUCAGGACUGUUGCACAAAGACACAAGGAGCAGCUUUCUAGCUUGAUGGCACAGCUCCACUCAACCCACCCCCAUUUCGUUCGAUGUAUUUUGCCCAACCACAAGAAGCGCCCGAAAAUGCUUCAUGCCCCCUUGGUUCUAGACCAGCUGCGGUGCAACGGUGUUCUGGAGGGUAUUAGAAUCGCCCGAACUGGAUUUCCUAACCGUCUUUCUUUCGCGGAAUUCCGGCAACGGUAUGAAGUACUUUGCCAAAACAUGCCAAAGGGGUACCUUGAAGGUCAGAGUGCCGCUCGAAUAAUGCUAGAGAAGCUUGAUAUGGACAGGGCCUGGUACCGCGUUGGUCGAACCAAGGUUUUCUUCAGGGCAGGUGUCCUGGCUGACUUGGAAGAGAAACGUGAUAAGUUGAUCCGAAGUAUCAUGACCCGCUUUCAAUCCCUGGCACGUGGAUUCGUUCAGCGACGUAUUUCAAACAAACGCCUGUACCGUGCGGAGGCGACACGUAUCAUUCAGCAAAACUUCCAUGUCUACCUAGAGCUGAAAGGGAGCCCGUGGUGGCAGCUCUUCUCGAGAAUGAAACCUCUGCUCGGAGAUACUCGGAACGCAAAAGAAGUCAAGAUGAGAGACGACAAGAUCAAAGAGUUGGAAGCGAAGAUGAAACACGAUAUAUCUGAGCGGCAAAAGCUCGAUGAAGACAGACGUCGUACUGAAAUGGAGAUUCACAAGAUUCAGCAGACUUUGGAGAGCGAACGUGCUCUCGCACUCGACAAGGAAGAAAUUUUCAAGCGCCUCCAGCUGCGAGAAGGGGAACUUGCGGAGAAGCUUUCUGGUGCUAUUGCGGACCAGGAGAGUCUCGAAGAACAACUUGAUGAGCUUGUUGACGCGAAAAGGAGAACUGAUGAGGAGCUUGAUCUCCGAAUCACACAGCUCGAACAAGCCGGUCAAAUUAUCGAACAACUGGAGUCCGAGAAGAACAAAUUGCAAGCGCAGCUGUCAGAGGUUGAGAAUAAACUUUCUGAAGCGGAAGAAGAGUUCUCUACCAAGGAAAUCCAAAUGCAAGAAUUGGACCAGGAGAUUAAGAUGCUUCAAAGUCAUCUCAGUCUAAAGGAUCGCAAGCUUCAUGACCUUGAGGCCAAACUGCUGAAGACAGAUCAGGAUCUGGACAUCAAGCUUGCAACUACCUCCAAAGAGCUGGAUAAGUCCAAGAAGGAGGUUCGUGAAUUGGCGGAGGAGAAUCAAUCCAUUCGACAGCAAAUCUCAGAGCUAUCGAACACUUCUGCAGGUUACGAGGAUCUUCUCCGACGCAAGGAGAGCGAGAUAACCAUCCUACGCAACGACACCAAGAAGUUCGAUGAAGAUAAGAAAUCCAUCGAAGCUGAAAAGAAAUCCCUUACCGUUCGUCACGAUAAUAUGCAACAGCGCCUCCGUGAAGUUCAGGCCGAAAGGGAUGCUAUGCGUUCUGAGAAGGUUCAACUGGAGCGAGAGGCUGCUGAUGUCAAGAAACUCCUUGAUGAAAAGCGCUCUGAGGAUGCAGAGGCAGGUCAAAGUCGGAAACUUCUGGAGCAGCAGGCGUUGGACUUGAAGGAUCAACUGUUCAAGGCAGAAACAGAUCUCAGCCGCGAGCGACAGUCAAGAGACGAUGUUCAGAUGCUCGCUGAACACAAUCUUGCAGACUUGAGUAACAAGUACAACGAACUCAAUGAGUCCAAAAUUACCAUCGAGAAGGAGAUGUACAUUCAGCAGGACAGUCUUCGACGCGCCACAGAGGCUCGUGUUGCGGCUGAGGCAUCGCGGAAGGAACUGCAGUCUGAAUUGAUCAAACUUCGUGAUCGAUUUACAGAUGCUGAAAGUGCACGCUUAAACGCUGAAGCUGAAGCUGAACGGAAAAUCAAAACCCAAGCCGAGGAGCAUAUCAUUGGUUUGCGAAAGGACUUGGAUGAGAAAGCCCGUCAGCUAGAGGAUGUCGAUGCUGAAAGAUCCCAACUUUCUGCUCGUAUUCAAGAGCUUAUGCACGCUAUCUCAGAGUCAGACAAUUUCCGCAUCCGCCAUGAUCAGCACAAAGAGCGUCUCGAAAGAGAGCUUGUGACUCUUCGUGGCAGACUGACAGCUUCUGAGAAUGACAAUCGAUCCCUUCUUACCAAAAUUCAGCAGAAGAAUCUCGACAUUGCUCGUUCCAACUCCAAAGCUAGCGACAACAAUCGUCUUCGUCUUCAAACUCUCCAGAAAGAGAAGGCCAAGUUGGAGGAAGAGAACAAAAAUAUCAGUCGCCAAAUGGGUGACCUUCAAAUGGCAAUCACUUCGCUUGAGAAGCAGAAGGAGAAGCUCACCUUGAAUCUUGAGGAUCUUAGCCACGAGGUCAAUCGUGAACACAAGACCAGCCGCAAUGCCGAAAAGGCUGCCUCAGCGGCCAACCUCCAGCUUGCAGAGGCCAAUCGUACUCUUGAAAACGAACGUCAGAUGCGAAGCCAGGCUCAAGCAAAUAGCAGGCAGAUUCAAGGAACCAUGGACAGAGCAAACAAAGAGAUCGAAGAUUUGCAUCGCCAGCUUAUUCUCUUACACCGAGUAUUCGAGCCCGAGGCAACUGAAUCAGCGAAGUCCUGGGAAGCUGUCCAGCCCCAUUUAUCGAAGCAAGUUGAUCUUGCCCAGGUUUUAGAUGGCGCGCAGCAGAGGCUUCGAGUCAUGGAAGAGAAAUACGCUAGAGCUGAUCUCCAGCUGGCUGAGAUGCGUCGCCGCCAUGGCGACGAAAUGAAGGAGCUAGAUGCUCGAUACUCAUCUUCAAAGCGUGCCUUGCUUGAGGAGAUCGAUCAAAAUGAACUCACCAACAAUCGCUCACCAGCGCAUUUCCGAAAGAACUCGGAGAAUGCUCUCAAGCGAUUUUCGAACCCCUCAACGCCCAACCGUCGCCUCAACGUCCUCGAUGAACCUAUCGAUUCUGUCAGAUCUGAUAGAACCGUUGACACCCAAGGUCACCAACGUCGCAUGGACACAGCCGCUGAGAUUGAAGAGCUUCAGAAUAAGCUCCAGAUGACAGAGAUGCAAAACAAGCAUCUCAAAAGUCAGCUUGAGCGCUCUACGCCGGGUCGGGAUAUCUGGCAAGACGACAGCCCCUCAGCUCGUCGUCUUCAUCUGCUGGAGCGUGAAAACGGGCGUCUUCAUGAUCAGCUUGAUGACUCCGCCAAGAAGGUGUCAUCUUUGGAACGCAGCAUUCGAUCUGGCGAGCUCUCACUCCGGGACGUGCAGGCCAAGUCCCAUGAAGAGCUGUAUGACCUGAUCAAUUCCCAAGAACAGUCACGUCGUUCCCUACUCAAGGUUCAUAAUGACACCAUUGCUGAUUUCGGCGAGGCCAAGGGCCACUACGAAAAGCUGAAGCGUAGCAGAGCUACCUUAGAGGUGGAGCUGCGUGAUGCUCUAUCUGAAACUCAAGAGCUGCAGUACACUCGGGAGCAGGAUGCUCAAAGUCGCAACCAACUCCUUCAGGAAUUCUCCGAUCUACAAAUCCGCCUUGAUGCUGAGACUUCCAGAACAGCUGAUCUGGAGUCAAGCCUGAGUCUUUACAAGAGCCGCGCCAAUGAAUACUUUAGCAAGCUUGAACAAGCUGAAAUUGCAGUCGUCAAGGCAAACCGUGCCGAGCAAUUUGCCAAGUCUCAAGGACGAGAAGCCGAAGAGACCUACGCCCAUAUCAUUUCAGAGCGCAAACAGAUGGAUGACCUUGUGGAGGACUUGCAAAGACAGACCCAGACCCUGGAAGCUCGUAUGGAGGACCAGGGUGCGGAGCUUCAAGGUGCUCUGCAAGCCAAACAACGUCUCCAGAAUGAGCUAGAAGACUACCGAAACCAGCGUGCUAUUGAUCUUGAAGACAAGGAGACUUCCAUGGAACAGACUCGACAGAAAUACCAGCGCGAGUUUUCCACAAUCAACGGCGAAUUGGAGAUUGAGCGCGAGCGUCUUCUCCAUGUUCGUGGUGAAAACGGUCGACUGCGUGAAGAGCUGGAGGAUCUGCGAAACAAGUGGGAUAACGAGGUUCUCAACAGUUCUACUUGGGCGAAGGAGAAGUCUCGCAUGGAGCUGGCUGUGCAGGACAUCACCAACUCCCGUGACGAGGUCAGCAAGGCACACAAAGAAGCCCAGGAUAGAAUCGUUUCUCUUCUUUCGCAGGCCCGUAACCUUCGCACCUCUGUCGAAGAUGUCACGGCAGAGCGUGAUCUGCUUUUGAAGGACAAGAAGAUGCUUGAAGGGCGAUUGGCUGAGGCUGGUGAGCGACUUGAAGAUCUUGCAAAGGGUGAAAGCCCCUCCAUGCGAAAUGCAGCUAGCAUGGACCGCGAGCUUCUGGAGCUCAAGUCCCAACUUGCACAGCAAGAAGAUGUCUCCUCCGCGGCGGUUGGCAAGAUGCGUCGUGCUGAUGCUCUGGCUACUGAAAUGCAAAAAGAGCUUACUGCUGAGCGUGAGACCAACACCCAACUCUUUAAGGACAAGGCUUCUCUGGAGAAGCAGCUCAAGGAGAUCCAGCUUCGAUGUGUUGACCUUGAGACCAAGAGCUACUCCUCUGGUAGCCAGGAUAUCCGAUUCUUGCACAAGCGAAUCAAGGACUUGGAAACUCAUCUUGAAGAGCAGGAGAAUAAGCAUAGUGCUGAGCAACGUUCUCUUCGCAACGUUGACCGCACAGUCAAGGAUCUCCAAACUCAAAUUGAUCGACGUGAAAAGAUCAAUGCCCAGCUAACCGAUGAGGUUAACAAGGGCCGGGAGAAGGUUGAUAGACUGCUUCGCAACAUUGAUGAACUCCAGGAGGGUGACAGCGAGUCACAGUUGCAAGCACGCCGCGCCGAGAGAGAGCUCCGCGAGGAACGGGAGAAGGCUUUACGCCUGGAACGAGAACUGGAAGGGUGGAAGUCACUACGAGUUGAACGAACCAGCACAAUUGGACGAUCGCCCAUGGCUGCCUUGAGUGAUGUGGGCAGUCGACGAGGCAGUGGUGCUUAUGGGUCUAAUGAUAUUCCUCAGCGGAUGCCCAGUAACACUAAGGGAUUCCUGUGA